CAUUGACUUCGAUAAAACAUAAUCCAUUUCAUUUACAAGGCAGUUUAGACAAAUGACAGACAUUUUCAGGUUGGAUAACAGUAAUAAAGGUCGUUAUAAAAGUAAAUACAAUCGUUGUUAGAUUGGAGGCCUUUGCAAGAGGAAUCCGUUUUAGUUUUUUAUCAUACACAAAAAGGACAUAGUAUUUCUAUAUGCAACAAUGAGAAGUUAGUUUCAGGUUCAUAAAGGACAUGUUCUGUGUGUAUGGAUCGAGGUCUAGUUUCAAGCAAAUGCACAUAUAAGAGGUAUCAAUUUCAGAAAUAAAACAAUUAUAAACACGUGAUCACGACACAGUCACAGACGAAAGAUUUUGUUAGCAGGGUCUUAUAAGAUAAGUGAGUCUUGAAACAAGAAUAUAACUUCCACAAAUGAUGGAUUCGUUGUUAAAAAAAGACGGUUUUUUGAACUGGAUGAAAAGUCAUAUGGCAAUGAAUUUGACAAAACAGGGAAUAGAAUCCACUUUGGAAGACGAUUUAAAUAAGUUCAUCCAAACAGCCCUCACAAAGCACAAGAUAAAUAAAAGUUCCAUUUGCAACUCAUGUACGACUGAACUUAUUUUGAGCUGUCCAACGAAAAACUUUUGUGACAAGGGACGUCAAAAUAGAUGUGUUUCCCAUAGUUCAACGAUUCAAGGAGAGGUACCUGGAAGAAAAUGUGCAAAGGACAUUUGCCAUCAUAUCCGAGACGAAAUACGAAAACAGCACAGACAGAUACCUAAUUGGAAAAGUACAGACGCAACAAGAUGGUGCACCGACUUAGUCGAAAUAGCGAAAUGUUUUGUGCCUCCUACAAAUCGUUACAGAAAUGCCAAGAGUCUUAAAGAUGUGGAUUUUAAUGGGUAUCUUUCCAUACUUAUAUGUAAGAAAAGUUUUGGACGCACAAUGCCAAAUCUGCUCCGUGAGAAAGUAAAUAAGGUCACUAAGAUGCGUGAUAUGGGCAAUGAUAUUAGACAUUCUGGAGAUUUGAUUGUUUCACGAACAAACCUAGAAACUUAUAUUGACAGUUUGAUAAGUCUUCUUUCCGAUGCUGAAUGUUUGGCUCAUAACGAAACAGCACAAGAAGCAGUGAAACAGCUUAACUUGCUGAAGAAGAAUGAAAUAACUGUUCAUGUGGAAGAUCUAAAUAAAGCGUUAGAGACCGCCGGUGAAGAAAUAGAUUCUUCCACUGGAAAGGAAAAAGAAAUGCAGAAUAAAGAAGAUGCGAUGCAGAUACCGCGUAAAUUGAUAAACGACAUUAAAUCGGAGGUAGCCAACAAAGAAACUCUACCACUUGCACAACUAGAUUACAUAGUCACAAUAAAGUUGCAGGCUCUUAUAAAAAUGAAAGAAGAAAUUAAAAGUGAAGUAGUCGAUGAAAUUCUCCGAAAGGGAAUUGCAAAUGAUUUUCCUCAGCAAGCCUAUGGUUUUGAUAUACUUUCCUGUUUGAAGUACAAACGCCUUUGUAAAAGGUUACGCCAUGAUUUAGUAAAAUUUUACAAACGUUCCCAAGGAACAUUACCUAUCUCUCCGUUGGUAAUAGAAAAUGAUGUUCCGCUUGAAGAAGUUUACGUGCAGCCAACAAUCAGAUCAAUAGAAAUAACAAAUGCAUUCCUAGAUGCAAAUAAUGCUUCAUCUAAAAAUGAAAUAUGUUCAUACAAAGAUAUUUUCUUUUCCGGUAAACAACCGUAUACAGAAGUUUAUGUCAUUGCAAAGGCGGGGAUCGGAAAGACCUCAUUUGUAAAAAAGGUUUGCUUGACAUGGUGCCAGGCACAUUUACCGGUUAUUAAGGCAGCAAUGUUUUAUCAAACGGAAGAUCUUACAUCUUUGAAGAUGUUUGAUUUUAUUGUUUUUUUAUAUCUUUAAAAGAAACAGAUACAAAUGAGUGCCAUAUAAAUAAAAUGAUAUACCACAUGUUGCAAAAAAGCAUGCCUGACCCUAACAUUUACAGCAGAAGAUUUUUGGACAAAAUAUUGCUCGAAAAGAAUGUGUUGAUUAUACUUGAUGGGUUGGAUGAAUGGAUGCAUCCAGAAAACUGCAAACACAAGGGUGAUGUUAUUCCCCAUCGACGACAUUGGCCAAACUGUACAAUCCUCACUACAACACGUCCAUGGAAACUUUAUUCAUCAAAAAUUCAAAACAGUCAAAUCGAUAUGCUAUAUGAGCUUCUUGAAUUCGACGAGACAAAAUCAAACCAGUUAUUAGCUUCGGCCGUAAGCUAUUUAAUAGAGCGUAUAGGACUUCAAAAAAGGUAGAAGACUUUCGAACCGCUGUGUCAUCUACAAAAAUUGAUGCUUUAAUGUCCAUACCUUACAUAUUUUUACAGUUGAUUUGCCUAUGGUUCGACGACUAUACAAUAGGAAAUUCUCAAUGUCAGAUCUAUAGCAACACUAUAGAACUCAAUCUUGUUCGAGGUAAGAGCUUUACAGACGUGACUGUCACAGAAACUGCCUCAAAUGAAAGUGUAAAUCAUCCUGUGUGCUUGUCAGCAAAUAAAGAGUGUUUGCAUCACUACCAGCAACUUUUAAGGCUUGGGAAAUUAGCAUUUGAAACACUUACCAGUGGGAGAAACGAAUCAGCACUUCUUUUUGAGGACCAUAUAGUGGACAAAUUUAUCUCAACCGAUGAACAAAGCCUUUUCCUUAACAAAGGAUUGUUAUCCCAGAAUAAAGACUAUACAAAGAUUUCAGGUAGGAAAAGUAACUUUUCGUUUCAGCAUAAAACCAUUCAAGAAUAUUUCGCUGCACUGUAUAUUCAUGCGAGUACAUGCAAUCCAGAUUUAAAAAAGAGUCUUCUUACGGAGUACAGUACAUUGGAAUCCAUUUUGCAGCUGUCAAAUAUGUUUGUAUUCCUGGGUGGCUUUAGUCCUGUGGCUUAUGAGAAUAUUGCAGAUUUACAGAGGUCUAUAAUGUCAACAGACGAAACAAUAAGUCGCUACAGGUGCCGUUUAUCUGGAAGAACGUCAUUACCAGAGUAUCGAAAAUGUUGGGAAGUUGUAAAGUCGUUUCAGUCUAUGCAGACUGAUAUCUUACAAGAAAUGUUGAGAAACAAUCAUCGAGACUUUUACUUAUAUCUAGAGGAUAUUGUAUUAGAUAAUUCAAUUACUAACAAAAGGUUCAAAACACUCGUAAAGAUCAUCCGGAAAAAUAUACAGAUAAUAUCAAAUCAUUAAGUAUAGAGCAAAGUAGGUCAACAAAAGAAGUGUCAGAUAGACUCUUAAAAAUUGAUCUUCCAAAUUUGAAAUGCCUUCAGAAGAUAGAAGUUAUUGCUACGCCACCAAAACAUGAUCUUGAACAAUUAUUGACAAACUCUGAAAAAACAUUAAAAUGCCUCGACUUAUGUUUUGCAAACUUUAUCGAUGGACAAUACCUCACAAAGUAUACAAAACUUCCCCGUGAGAUUAUAAGAACAGUAUUUGGCAUGGAUCUUUUGACGUCAUUACGCCUAAAUAGCAUUCGUUUAUCUCAUACAGACAUUCAAGAUUUACUUGCUCACAUAAAUGGAAAGUCAGAAAUGACAGAGGUUGGGUUGUGUCAUAUUGUAUGUGAAGAUUCGGACCACAGCGGAGAAUGUGGCGUAUUAGAUCUUUCAAGACAUAAGAAUCUGCAGACGUUACGGCUUGGCAACAUACCUAUCUCAACACUAAGAGUCAAUCCUUCUGUUUUAAACAUGUGUUAUACUGGAAAACUUUCAACCAAUGUUCACAAGGAAUUGGAAGGCAGUCUGCCAAAUGCAGCAAAUCUUGACACGCUACGCUUAAAGAACCUUUCAAAAGAACAGGUAUCCCUCUACGCGGCGGGAACCUUUACAAAGUUGACGCAAAUAAAAAGUUUUGCAAUUGAAUAUGCUGAUUUUAGUGAUAGAAAAUUCGUCUUAGCUCCUGAAAUGAGAAGUCUUGAACGUGUACAUCUUUACGAGGUAACAUUAACCACUCAUGCACUUCAAGAGUUAAUUCGUAGCGUCGACAACCUUUCUAAAGCCGUUCUUAUUAUAAUAGAAAGUUGCGAUAUUAUACCUUCAUGCUGCUUAACAUACCAUAUGAUAACAAACAAGAUCAGAAAGUCAACCAAGUAUAGGGUAAGGUUCGACAGCAAGAAAAAGUUUUCAUUCGAAACAGGAUAUGUAAAUUUCGAGGCAAAGGACACUUGGGUUAGUGGGCUGUUUAUGGUAGCUGGACUGGUUGUUGCUAUCCUCGGAGUCUUAGUUAUGUUUCUUUUCGUUAUCUAAUGAACAGUUUGAAUUGUUGUGCUUCUCUUAUUCUAGAUUUAUUAGUAUAUAUAUACAAAACAUAUGACCAUUCAGUCGGAGCACAUACACAUUUACAUAGUUUGUAUUUAGUUUAAAGAAAAUAAAUACAAUUUUUAAAAAACAACAGUUACUAUAGCGUUUCAAUUUAAUUAAUAAGAAACGUCUCGAAUAACCGAAUCCAUAAUUGCCGAUAAAGAAAACACGGUGUUUACACCAUGAAUGUUUAGUUUUGCCCACAUUUCAGUCCUCAUUAUCAUUAUCACUAACUAACUAACUAACUAACUAACUAACUAACUAACUCACUCACUCACUCACUAACUAACUACUUACUAACUUACUAAUUAACAGGAAAUAUUCUUUAAUUUUAAAAACAUUCUUCAUUGGAACAUGUGAUUCAAAACAAACCUAAGAAUAUUGCAUGAACGAGUUGCCAAAGCUGAAAAAUUGAAACAUUUUAAUUGAACUAAAGCCGUCACGGUGAGUACAAAACAUAAGAUACAAGUUGAUAUAAAUAAAGGAAUAACAUUGUUUAUGAAUAAAUAUUACAUUUGAAUAUUUUUCAAUGAUCAUAAUUCUGGAUCGGUCCCUGUAACAAGUAAUAUUAUAAGCCAUAUAAAAAUUUAUGAAAUUUUAAACGCUUUCAUUGCAAGUGUCCAACAUUUUAUAAAUUUAUAGCUCUCAUGUCAACAAUAAAAAAAAAGAUAGCUGUUACCGAGAUCUGUUUCUCUUGUAUAUAAAAGGAAUUGUAUAAUGCAACAAGAAAAUUAUUAUAGAUAAGUAAAGAAAUUUCGUUAUAUAAAUAUAUGUGUCUUAAGUUAAUGAAUCAUUCCUUGUCAUAAUUUUAUUUUUAAUCGUAAAUUUUCGUUUGAAACAACCUCUUCUGUUGAUUACUUUAUGACAAUUACUGAA